GUGUGCAUAGCUGCAGGAGAAUCACCAGUGGGGCAUUGUUGCCCGAAAGUUUGUCCAUUAGCAACACAACCCGAUCACACAUAUUCAUGCGAUCCAAACGCGACGCUUCGCUGUCCAACCGAUACACAUUUCUGCCAUCGUCUUUCAGAUGGUGGAUUUUCACAGUCAUUAUGCUGUCGACGACCAUGUAAUGCAAUGGCGCCGAGUGCACUUUACGUAAAUGUGACACAUCCAUUACGCAAUCCAAGUCAAACAUGUACACGAGAUUGUGAAUCAGAAACACUAUCCAGAGAUACAACUUGCAUGAAGCCAGUACCGCUUGAAGCGCACUGCUUCAUUCAGCGACAGUGUCCAGUGAAUUCUGGAUGCUACAGGGGUCGUUGUCAAUGUAAAUGCGGUUUCAAACAAGACAGACAGCGAUGUGUUGCUCUACCACCACCUCCAACAACAACAAGGCAACCUGCAGUAAUUGUGCCUGGAAUUGGUGUUGCUCAAGGCGGUGAUUUCCUGCGACUCAUUGGAAAUUUCUUCAGUGGUACCAACACAAUGGGUGGCACAGGCAGAUAA